AUGGAGGACGAUUUCUACGAUAAUGGCAGUACUCUUUUUCCGGACACGACGACGGAUGAAGUGUUUACUGGACCCUGGGUUUUAACACCAAUCAGUGAGCAACAUCUGAUUGUGACCAGCGUUUUCCUUGGUUUAUUCAUAUUAGCAGCAAUUAUUGGUAACGUGUUCGUUAUUGCUGCCGUUGUCCUUGAGAAAUCAUUACAUAAUGUGGCUAACUAUUUAAUUUUGUCACUUGCUGUUGCGGAUUUGAUGGUUGCUGUUCUUGUCAUGCCCAUAAGUGUAGUGACUGAGAUCAGUACAGUGUGGUUCUUACAUUCGGAAAUUUGUGAUAUGUAUGUUUCGUUUGAUGUUUUGUGUUGUACUGCGUCGAUUCUCCAUCUUGUCGCUAUAGCAAUGGAUCGAUACUGGGCGGUAACCAGUAUAGACUAUAUCCGUAACCGAAGUGCCCAAAGAAUAAUUCUCAUGAUCGUGCUUGUAUGGACUGUGGCUUUAUGCAUUUCUAUUCCACCGUUAUUUGGUUGGAAGGAUCCAAAUGAUGACCCCGACAUUACCGGACAAUGCAUUAUCAGCCAAGAUCUUGGUUAUACCGUGUUUUCUACGGCGUGUGCCUUUUAUCUUCCAAUGGCGUUCAUGAUUGCAAUCUAUAUCCGCAUCUGGCAAGUGACAAGAUCUAUUAUACGAAAAGACAAAUUCGGUAAAAAUAAGAAGGAAAAGAAAAAACAAAAAAAAGAAAAAUCAAUGAAAACGGAAUAUAGCAUUGUGUCAGAUUGCAAUGGGUGUCAGUCAAACAAAAGUAACGGAAAAAAGACUGAAAACGGUAAUGCACCCGACGACGAGCAUUCUUCUACAACAAAUUCAGAUGAAGCUCGAUCCGCCAUGUUGGAUACUUCAAAUGGCGCCGCGCAAUCAAAACAUUUUCAAAGGCAAAGAGAAAAAAUUGAGAUGCGUCGAGAGCGGAAAGCGGCCCGUACGUUGGCCAUCAUAACUGGUGCGUUUUUAAUUUGCUGGUUACCUUUUUUUAUAGUGGCACUUAUCGGACCAUUUAUUGCAGACAAAGUGGAAAUCCCCUUGAUAAUCCGAAGUAUUAUUUUGUGGCUUGGUUAUGUGAACAGUCUUCUUAAUCCCGUUAUAUACACGAUAUUCAGUCCGGAAUUUCGCAUGGCUUUUAGCAAGAUUCUUUUUGGAAAGUACGCUAAAAAGAAAAGGCCCCGCUGA